ACGUGUGACACUAGUGCAUUUUACUCUUUAUAUUCCAGUGAAUCGUUAACCUGCCAGGAUUUCAGGCCGGUAUCGGUGCAGCUUACUUGGACCGGCCAUGCAUCGACGCCGCUGGAUCCUGAAUGCCCGAAAACAGCGCCCAAUUAUUACGACGCGAGUGUAAAUGCUAUGGAGAUAAGUUCGAACGAAUGUGGAACAUGGCGAAACCAGAUUCCGAAAAGAUUCAACUCGAACGUAAGCCCUUUACCCGAGACGAAAAGCCAACAGGAUGGACCAUCACAUCUGACCGAAUCCAUCCUUAACGACAUUUUCGGAAGAAAGAAACGUGACACCACUGCCACUAAGAAACCUACGAAUUCGGAGAAGUCUAAUCCAAAAGACGAAGAUUACUAUGCAUAUGAAGACUCCGAUUAUGAUGUUACUGGAAUCCAAAAUGCGAACGUCUCAUUCCAAGAAGAAGAUGGACCCCAAAGAGCAGAUGUGCCUGGAAUAUGGCGAAUCGCUGUUGAAAUGGAUGAGGUUACUGAAAGGAAAUGCCGAAAGAUCCUGACUAUGAUAAGGUUAUGA